UGGCCUAAUUGGGCUUCCGGGAGAGUCGCAAAUCACACCGGUCAACGUACACACACGGUUCACAGCAACGCGUAUUCCGACGCCGCCGGCCUUUGAGUGCGCCGCCCGCGAUUGCAGAUUAUAAUAUCAUACCAGCGGCGUAGACUCGGCGCUGCCCCGGGGCCCCUGUGUUGCGCUCGACCGUCCCGACACGCACCAUGUCCUGCACCGUCACGUCCGUCGCUUACGCCGCGAUAGCGUUGAUCGCCGUCUCGAUUGUUUUCAACACACAUACCGUGAAGGCACAAACUGAGAUACGGUGUUAUGUGUGCAAUAGUCAUAAUGACACAGCUUGUGCUGAAGAAAAACUUCCAGAUCAUUUUAAAACGGAAUGCUCAAAAUUAAAUAUAGGUGUUCCAGAGGAUAGUCGCAAAAAUUAUACCCUCUGCAGAAAGAUCAUACAAACAAUCGAGCCGGAGGUCAACGGAUUGCCGUCAGAUAGAAAUCGGAUCAUUAGAACAUGUGGCUGGGACGCUUCAAAUUACAAUAAUAAAUGUUACCAUCGAUCCGGAUUUGGUGGCAAACAGGACGUGUGCACUUGUAUGACAGAUUAUUGUAACUCGGCGCAAAAGACAUACAUAGCGUUUGCAACUGUAGUGGCAGCAGCAUUUGCUAUCCUUAUUUUGUAGAAAGGAAGAUAUUAUAACUCUCAAACACGAGAUAAAUAUUUUUAAUUUAAGCAUGGAUGCAAGUAUUGUUAAUAAAUGUUGAGAAGUAUAUAAAUAAAACCAGCAACUGGUACCUUCAUGACAAAUAAUAAACAAUACUGUUUUUAUUAGUUGAAACUUUUGUAGCAUACAGAUAAUUAUAAGUUAGUUAGGUAUCACACUAUUUUUCUAUAAUAAAAUAUUUUAUAAAAUA